AUGGCGACUCACGCCGUUGCUGCUGCCAAGCAGGUGUUCAGGGAAUUGCAUGGCGUGGUUGUAUCGGCCGGCCUUCAGUCCAAGACGGUCAAGGUGCGCGUCGGUGGGCGAAAGUGGCACGCCGAUAUCAAGAAGCACUUCAACAAACCCCAGCAGUAUCUUGUCCACGACCCCAACGACUCCCUGCGCACUGGUGAUGUCGUAGCCAUUACCCCCGGCUGGCGCACUUCGAAACACAAGCGCCACGUUGUCAAGCACAUUAUCGCGCCCGCACAAGUCCCCAUUAACGAGCGUCCGCCUGUCCCGACCGAGGAGGAGCGCUGGGCCGCUGCUGUCGAGGCGCGAGAGGCCAAGGUGGAGCGGAGAACAGCGCGGCAGGCCGAGGAGAAUGCCCAGGCCCUGCAUGAAAGGACACAGAGAAAGGCGCGGAGCCGGGAAAUUGCCGAGCAGAAAGCCCAGCGACACCAAAUACAACAGCAAGAGGCUGCGGCAAAGACAUCUUCGGAUGAUGUUGACUGA